CCUGAAGCGCGUGCGCAGUCGGUCACAUCCCCCACGUACGCACGUACCUCGCGCUGCUUCCGGCUCCGGCGACAUCGGGAAGUGGCAACUAUGGCGAGCUGGGCCCGGGGCCCAGGCCCGGGGGGCGGCGCAGCCGCCGCGGACACUGACACGGACACGCUCCUGGACGGCGAGAACAGGCGUCUGGCGGAUGGGCUAGCGGCCAAGGUCACGCGCCUCAAGGCCCUGGCCCUGGAUAUGGACCGGGACGCGGACGAGCAGAACCGCUACCUGGACGGCAUGGACUCGGACUUGUCCAGCGUGACCAGCCUGCUGACCGGGAGCGUGAAGCGCUUCUCCAGCCUGAGCCGCUCGGGCCGGGACAACCGGCGGCUGCUGCUCUGCGUGUCUGUGGGACUCAUCAUCCUCUUCUUCUUCCUGUCCUACCUGCUGUCCAGAGCGCGGACAUGAGUGGGGGGAGGCCCCAUUGCCCAGGAGUGUGCCCCCAAAUCCUAUUUUUGUACUUCCCCCUUACCCGGCGUCCAGAAUAAAAAAGGAAACGGUGGAUAUGCGCGCACGCCGCACUCCGCCCCCGUGGUCCCUCA